UCCGUGUCUCUAUAUAAAGACCAUUCCUUGAUCAGAGAAGGCUUAAUCACGAUUGUGAGUCAAAGGACGAAUCAAGAUGAAGUUUAACGCUGCUUUAUUGUUAGCGCUCCUUUGUAUGAGUUUAUAUCUAUUUGAGUAUUCAAUGGCUCAAGUUAUGCCGUAUCCUGGUGAUUGUACUAAAUAUCAACAAUGCGAUGCCAGUGGUUGUUUUGUAUUGAGUUGCGGUGCUGGCACCGAAUUUAAUCCUGCGAUUGGAACAUGCGAUUAUCCUUUGCAAAAUCGGGAAGGUUGUAAUAAUCGAGGAUAAUGAUUUUUUUUUUU